AGCCAAACUCUUGUGUUUGUUUAACAAUUUCAUACGAAAGUUCAAGAGAGUAACAAAUUAUUAUUUAAAAUAAAACGCACUGUUAGAAAAAAAAAAAAUAAUCAUGAGUAAAUUUGGAGCAUUGGCAGAUAAUUCAUUGUCAAUAAUGGCAAAAAAAUCUCUUUGUUUAAAUAGACAACCGGAAAUACUGGAAGAUGGUAAUCGUCGUGGUCAACGAAAAGGUAAUUUUAGUGUCCUUGGUAAUGGACGUGAUAUUCCAGAAGAUUUAAUUAGAUGGGAAGGUCUUCAGCCAAAUCCAAGUGCCAGUCGUGAUGAUGGAAGAGAAAAAUAUGAAAUUGGUGCUUACGGUUAUGGAAAAAAUAAUGUAAAAUUAUUAUACGUUAAACGUGAAGAUAAAUAUCAUCAUGAAAUACGUGAAUAUGAAGUUGAUGUACAUUUACGUCUUGGUUCACAAAAAGAUUAUCUUGAAGGUGACAAUCGUGAUAUAAUUGCAACAGAUAGUCAAAAAAAUACUGUUUAUUUAUUGGCUAAAAAAUAUGGUGUUAAAUCACCAGAAGAAUUUGGAAUUCUUUUGUGUGCUCACUUUCUUUACACCUACAAACAUGUUGAAGAAGUACAUAUUAAUGUUGAAGAAUAUCCAUGGAUGCGUCAUCAAGUUGAUGGUGUGCCUCACAAUCAUGCCUUUCUUUUCAAUCCAACAGUAACAAGAUACUGUCAAGUUACACAACUAAGAAAUGAUUCACCAAGAAUACGUGGAGGUUUAAAAGACUUGAGAGUAUUGAAAACAACACAAAGUUCAUUCACUGAUUUUAUACAAGAUGAUUACAGAACAUUACCAGAUGCAAAUGACAGAAUAUUUAGUACAAUUGUAACAGCAUCAUGGGAUUUUUCAACAGCAGCUGGUGUUGAUUUUGAUAAAGUAUGGCAAACAGUACGUAAUUGUAUACUUGAAAAUUUUGCUGGACCACCAUCAACUGGUAUUUAUUCACCAAGUGUACAAAAUACACUUUAUCUUGCUGAAAAAUGUGUCUUGGAUAAAAUUGAACAGAUUUACAGUAUCGAAAUGCGUAUGCCAAACAAACACUAUUUUGACCUCGACCUGAGUAAAUUUUCAAAAAUUGUUGAUGGUGAAAAUAAAGAAGUUUAUUUACCAGCUGACAAACCAUCUGGUAUUAUUUAUGCUCAACUUAAUAGAAAAGACAUUACUUCAAGACUUUAAAAAUUAAAAAUUAAAUAUUUAAUUUAUAAAAAAAAAAAAAAAGAAUGUACUUUAAGUAUCUAAAUUUAGUCGUUAAUGAUUUUUUUUUUAUUCAUAUAAAUAUCAAGUCUUUUUAUUGAUUAAAAAAAAAUAUAUACGAAUUUGUAAUUACAUGUCGAGAUAUGCAGUA